GGACUAAAUUUGCACGCGCCCACGUUACAAUGCUAAACUAAAUUUGAUGCAGAAGCAUACAAUGAGACUCAAAUGAAAACGAACACAAAAAGAGAAAUUAAGAAUAUCAAUUUCACACCAAGCUUGCUCCGUAGAUCACAACUUCUACUCCACCCAAAGAUGUGCGAUUUGGCUAUGAUCAGGUCCAAGUGAUUAUCCAGAAAUCGAAAUAAAAGUAAAAUCAGGCGCUUUGGGGUUGUUAAUGUUGAAAAGUGCCAAGGCGUUACUCAAAAUUCCUUGUCAGAAUCAAAAUCGAGAGAGGAACAGAGGAAUAGGGUUUGAUUGAUGGGGUGUGACUGUGGGGGGAAGUUAAAUUUGAGAAAGCCUCAUUUUUAUGAGGUUUAUUCCUCUGCCUUCAGCUCUCAUAGACUGAAAAUUCCAGAUGGAUUUGUGUGUCGCAUGGAGGGAAGGACGUACGGGUCAUUUUCAUUGACUGGUCCCAGUGGAAACGUAUGGACAGUGCACUUACUUAAGCAGGACAAUGAUCUAUUCUUCCAUCAUGGAUGGUCGUCAUUUGUGGUGGAUCAUCGUCUAGAAUGUGGUGACCUUUUGGUUUUCAGAUACGAAGGUCACUUGCAUUUCACCGUCCAAGUAUUUGAUAAGGAUGGAUGUGAGAAAGAGGCAGCAUUUAUGUCUGAAUGUAGUCAAAGUUCGAGUGACUUUGAGGAAAUUGUUGGACAGAAAAGAGAUGUGAAGGAGAGUUCUUCUUUGGAUAUUGCAUUUGAUGGUGUUGCUAAGAAAAGGAGAGGUUGUAAAUAUGAGAACCGGGAACAUGAACCAGGGUUUGUUGGUAAAGAACUAUUGCGAUAUGAGGUAGUAAGACCGAUUAGAAUGUUCAGAGAAACUGAAGAAACUUCGAAAGCUUGUUUGGCUAAUGAUAGCCUUGUGCCUUUUCACAUGGACCAUCGAAAUGAAGAGGCUGCCAUCCUGUACAGAAAUGGAAAGGAAGAUGGUCAUUAUUUUCUUGGUGGAGUUUCAUUAUCAAAUGUAUCAGCACAAGAUGAGAAAAAAGUUGCUCAGUCUUUUACUUCCAAAUUUCCGUAUUUUGUUAGAAUCAUGAAAAGCUUCAAUGUCAGUGGUUCAUAUACUCUGAAUAUCCCAUAUCAGUUUUCCAUGGCGCACCUUCCCAAUUGCAAGAUAAAGAUUAUUCUUCAUAAUUUGAAAGGAGAACAUUGGACUGUCAAUUCUGUGCCAACAACUAGAGUGCAUACUAGUCACACACUUUGUGGAGGAUGGAUGGCUUUCGUUCGUGGUAAUAACAUUAAGAUUGGAGAUAUCUGUAUUUUUGAGCUUGUGAACGAGUGUGAAUUACGUGUUCACAUUGCUGGGGUUGGAAAAGAUGGUCUAGAAGACGACCAGGUUGGAAGAGUGAAUGCAGGGCAUGCUGGAACUACCAGAUAUAUGCCAAUGAAUGCUAAAGUAAACUCAAAGUCCAUAAGAAAAGUUGAUCUAUCAGAUAAAAAAUGGCCCAAGAUUGGUCAAGAAACUGUUUUAUCCAUUGACCUUAAGAAAUCUGGUAGAGCUUCAAAUACUUCUAAGAAGAUGGGCCUUUGCCCUCAGUCCAAAGCUGCCCAUAAAAAGUUGGCUACUCCGAGGAGACAUCGGGUUGAAGAUGAGCUAAGCUCACAGGCUAAAUCUGGUUUGAGAAUGUUGUUUGCACUGGAUGAACAAAGAGUAGCUCAAGCUUUUAGUUCCCCUUUUCCCAGUUUUGUUAAAAUCAUGAAAAUGUUCAAUGUCAGUGGCUCAUACACUUUGAAAAUUCCAUACCAGUUCUCAGCUGCACAUCUCCCAACUUACAAAACUGAAGUUAUACUUCGUAAUUCAAGAGGUGAAUGUUGGACUGUGAACUCUGUACCAGAUGCAAAAGGCCGAACAGUUCACACCUUUUGUGGGGGUUGGAUGGCCUUUGUUCGUGACAAUGACAUAAAUUUUGGUGACACAUGCAUUUUUGAACUGGUUACUCAAUGUGAGAUGCAGGUGUACAUAUCUGGGGUCGGAAAGGAAGGGCCUGACCAUCAAAAUGCCCACUUAAAACUUGACAGAUUGUCUAUCCUUCCAUCUACCUGCUAACCUUCUUUUCUGUUUCUGAGAAUCAAUCUUCACUGAGGAUGUUUGUUUUCUGAGUCUCAGAUCUUUUGUUUUAUGUACAUAUUUCAGUAAUUUCAUCCUCUUUGAUCUA